AUGCAACCACCUUUUUUUAUAACAAUCAAUGCUAGCGGUUCGAAAUUUUUCUUCCAUAGAGAUUAUAUUAAUAAAUAUCCAAAUACGUUUCUUUAUUGUUUGCUGAGUUUUAAUGAUCGGAAAUAUGAGCACGAAAAUUAUUUUAAUGAGAGUGAUUACGAAGUAAAUGUUGACUACGAACCUAGCGAUUUCUCUCAUAUACAUUAUUACUAUACGACUGGAAUAUUUCCUGAAUACUACACCAAAAAAAUUAUCGAAAUUUUCGAUUUUUUUUCGGUAAUAUUACCAGACAGGAGAUGGAUGGGAGUGAAUACACCUUCAUACCACCGCUACAAUACUAAAAAAAAUAAAACCGAUCAUGAUAUAUGUUUUUGUACAAGACGAAAGCUUAAGGAGGAAAAAUAUUGCCGUAAGUGCACAGAAAAAGAUGAUAAUCUCAUAAAAUUUUGUGAAGAAAGAAAAAGACGUGCACAAU